UAACCUUUAAAUCAUCAGGUGAAACUACUUCAUCUAGUACGUCAUCCAUAGUAACGAUUGAUUAUUUAAACAAAUUAUUUCGUUAAUUAAAAGUACUCCAAAAAAAUUCAGAAAAUGUUGUCACUUUCUGCACUUGUCAUUGGUUCGUUGAAUGAUGCUUUGAUUGGCUGCGAAAUACGGAGGGAAAUUAUCUUCGCCAUUGUACAAAUUUUAAACAUACAAUUUACCAGAUUUUCUUCGUUAUUAAAAUUGGGAAAAUUUAAGGAAAAUUACGGAGAAUUUGAUGUGAUUAUUUUUCGUGACAAACAUGUUAACCAAGUCAUUUUAAAUCAACAUUUUUGGUGAGACAAUAAUGAUGAAUUGCAAUUCAACAAGAACAAGAAGAGGAUGUAUCACCAAGAUAUCUCUUUAGCCAUCUUUGAUAAAUUUAUUGCCUCAGAGAAUUGCGUGUCAUUUUUACAUUGACAAAGACCUCGACGUUGAACUACCAAUUCAACUGGAGCAAUUGCUUACUUUUACACUUGGAUUUUUAGCUGAAAUGAUUGUUUUGGUGGAUAUACUGUUAAACAAAGAUAUGAUGGAUGGUAUAAUAAUUUGGCUCAUCCUGAUUGGGGUUCUGUUGAUACAACAUUGAUAAGAAAAGUACCAUCACAAUAUGCUGAUGGUGUUUAUAUGAUGUCAGGUCAAGAUCGUAUAUCAGCAAGAAAAUUAAGUGAGUUAUUUAUGCAAGGUGAUGAUGGUACAGCAUCAGUUAAAAAUCGUACAGCAUUAUUUGCAUUUUUUGGACAACUUGUUACAUCUGAAAUAAUAAUGGCAAGUGAAAGUGGUUGUCCAAUUGAAUUUCAUAGAAUUGAAGUUGAUAAAUGUGAUAAAAUAUUUGAUAAAAAUUGUCAAGGUAAUAAAUAUAUACCAUUUCGUCGUGCUGAUUAUGAUCGUAAUACUGGACAUAGUCCAAAUAGUCCACGUGAACAAAUAAAUAAAGUAACAAGUUGGAUUGAUGGUAGUUUUGUUUAUUCAAGUAGUGAAGCAUGGACAAAUGCAAUGAGAUCAUUUGAAAAUGGUAGUUUUCUUAUUGAUAAAAUUAAUAAUUUACCAGUUAAAAAUACAAUGAGAGCACCAUUAUUUAAUCAUGCAAUACCAAGUGCAAUGAGAGCAAAACUUGAUCCAGAAAGAUUAUAUUUACUUGGUGAUCCAAGAACAAAUCAACAUCCAGCAUUAUUAGCAUUUGGUAUAAUUUUUUAUAGAUGGCAUAAUGUUAUUGCAUCAAGAGUACAACAUGAAUAUCCACAAAUGUCAGAUGAAGAUAUAUUUCAACGUACAAGAAGAAUUGUUGUUGGUACAAUACAAAAUAUUAUUAUGUAUGAAUAUUUACCAUUUUUAUUGGGUGAUAAAUUACCAGCUUAUAAUGGUUAUAAAUCAGAUUUACAUCCAGGUAUAAGUCAUGUAUUUCAAAGUGCUGCAUUUAGAUUUGGUCAUACAUUAAUACCACCAGGAAUUUAUCGUAGAGAUGAAAAAUGUAAUUUUCGUAAAACACGUACUGGUAAACAAGCUAUACGUUUAUGUACAACAUGGUGGGAUUCAAAUCAAAUAUUACGUAAUAGUACUAUUGAAGAAUUAAUAAUGGGUAUGUCAUCACAAAUUGCUGAAAAAGAAGAUACAUUAUUAAAUAAUGAUAUACGUAAUAAUUUAUUUGGACCAAUGGAAUUUUCAAGACGUGAUUUAGGUGCACUUAAUAUUAUGAGAGGACGUGAUAAUGGUCUUGCUGAUUAUAAUACAGUUAGACAACAUUUUAAAUUAUCAAAAAAAUUAACAUGGAAUGAUAUUAAUCCAAAUUUAUUUAAUAAAAAUCCAAAAUUAUUACAACAGUUAAUGGAAAUGUAUGCAAAUAAUAUAAAUAAUAUUGAUGUUUAUGUUGGUGGUAUGUUAGAAUCAACAGAUGGUCCUGGUGAAUUAUUUACAGCAAUUAUUAAAGAACAAUUUAUUAGAUUAAGAGAUUCAGAUAGAUUUUGGUUUGAAAAUAUUGAUUCUGGUAUAUUUACAAAAUUUGAAAUUGAUGAUAUACGUAAAGUAACAUUUUGGGAUAUUAUUAUAAAUACAACAACAAUUGAACCAGAUGCAAUACAGCGUAAUGUAUUUGCAUGGAUUAAUGGUGAUCCAUGUCCACAACCAGAACAAUUAAAAGGUGAUAAACUUGAUCCAUGUGAUCCAUUAAAAAGACAUGAUUAUUUUGAAGGUAGUGAAUUUGUAUUUAUAUAUUCAUGUGUAUUUUUAUGUUUUGUACCAAUAUUAUGUGGUGGUGCUGGUUAUGGUCUUGUUAAAUUACAAAAUCGUCGUCGUAGACGUUUAAAAAUUGUACAAGAUGCUAUUAAAAAACGUAAUAAUGAUGGUAUACAUAAUAAUAAUAAUAAUAAUAAUGGUACAAUAACAAAUAAUGGACGUAUAUGUGUUGAUAAAAUGAUUGUACGUGAAUGGUUACAUGCAAAUCAUCGUAGACUUGUUAAAAUUAAAUUUGGUCCAGAAUCAGCAUUACAUAUUGUCGAUAGAAAAGGUGAAAAUUUACGUACAUUUGAUUUUACAAAUGUUAAUUGUAUAUUUAUUGAAGAAUCAGAAGAAUGUGAUAAUAAAGCACUUGUAUUAUUACGUAUACCACGUGAUUAUGAUCUUGUACUUGAACUUGAUUCAUUAAAUUCACGUGAAAAAUUUAUAGCAAAAUUAGAAACAUUUGUAUCAUCACAUAAAAAAAUUAUAUCAAUUGUACAAACAAAUCGUGAUAUAAUGCUUGCUAAAGCUGAAACAAAAGAACGUAGACAACGUAAAUUAGAACAAUUUUUUCGUGAAGCAUAUGCAUUGACAUUUGGUUUACGUCCUGGUGAAAGAAGACGUAAAAGAUCAGAAGAUAAUAAUGGUGAUGAAGUUGUAACUGUUAUGAGAACAUCAUUAUCAAAAUCUGAAUUUGCAAGUGCACUUGGUAUGCGUCCAGAUGCUGUAUUUGUACAAAAAAUGUUUAAUAUUGUUGAUAAAGAUAGUGAUGGAAAAAUAUCAUUUCAAGAAUUUUUAGAUACUGUAUUAUUAUUUUCACGUGGUAAAACUGAAGAUAAAUUACGUAUUAUAUUUGAUAUGUGUGAUAAAGAUAGUAAUGGUGUUAUUGAUAAAGAUGAAUUAUCAGAAAUGUUAAGAUCACUUGUUGAAAUAGCAAGAACAACAAGUUUAUCUGAUGCACAUGUUACUGAAUUAAUAAAUGGAAUGUUUCAAGGUGCUGGAUUAGAAAGAAAAGAUCAUUUAACAUAUAAUGAUUUUAAAUUAAUGAUGAAUGAAUAUAAAGGUGAUUUUGUUGCAAUUGGUCUUGAUUGUAAAGGUGCUAAACAAAAUUUUUUAGAUACAUCAACAAAUGUUGCACGUAUGACUGGUUUUAAUAUUGAACAUUUACCACCAGAAACAACAAAAAAUUGGUCAAGAAAACAAUGGGAUAGUAUAUCAACAUUUCUUGAAGAAAAUCGUCAAAAUAUUUUUUAUUUAUUUUUAUUUUAUGUUAUAACAAUUGCAUUAUUUGUUGAAAGAUUUAUACAUUAUUCAUUUAUGACUGAACAUAUGGAUUUACGUCAUAUUAUGGGAGUUGGUAUUGCAAUAACACGUGGUUCAGCAGCAGCAUUAUCAUUUUGUUAUAGUUUAUUAUUAUUAACAAUGUCACGUAAUUUAUUAACAAAACUUAAAGAAUUUACAAUACAACAAUAUAUACCACUUGAUUCACAUGUACAAUUUCAUAAAAUUGCAGCAUGUACAGCAUUAUUUUUUUCAGUAUUACAUACUGUUGGACAUAUGGUUAAUUUUUAUCAUAUAACAACACAACCAAUAUCACAUUUAAAAUGUUUAACUAGUGAAAUUAAUUUUCCAAGUGAUGCUAAACCAACAAUAUCAUUUUGGUUAUUUCAAACAUUAACUGGUAUUACUGGUAUAUUAUUAUUUAUUAUUAUGACAAUAAUAUUUGUAUUUGCACAUCCAACAGUUAGACAAAAAGCAUAUAAAUUUUUUUGGUCAACACAUAGUUUAUAUAUUGUAUUUUAUAUACUUUGUUUGAUGCAUGGACUUGCUAGAAUAACUGGUGAACCAAGAUUUUGGAUAUUUUUCAUUGGUCCAGCAAUUAUUUAUUCUCUUGAUAAGGUCGUUAGCUUGAGAACAAAAUACAUGGCAUUAGAUAUUAUUGAAACUGAGCUAUUACCAUCAGAUGUAAUUAGAAUAAAAUUUUAUCGUCCACCAAAUUUAAAAUAUUUAUCUGGUCAAUGGGUUAGAUUAUCUUGUAAUGUAUUUAAAUCAAAUGAAUAUCAUUCAUUUACAUUAACAUCAGCACCACAUGAAAAUUUUUUAUCAUGUCAUAUUAAAGCACAAGGACCAUGGACAUGGAAAUUACGUAAUUAUUUUGAUCCAUGUAAUUAUAAUACAGAUGAUGAUAAUCCAAAAAUACAAAUUGAAGGACCAUUUGGUGGUGGUAAUCAAGAUUGGUAUAAAUUUGAAGUUGCUAUUAUGGUUGGUGGUGGUAUUGGUGUUACACCAUAUGCAUCAAUGCUUAAUGAUCUUGUUUUUGGUACAUCAACAAAUCGUUAUUCUGGUGUUGCAUGUAAAAAAGUUUAUUUUUUAUGGAUAUGUCCAUCACAUAAACAUUUUGAAUGGUUUAUUGAUGUACUUAGAGAUGUUGAACGUAAAGAUGUUACAAAUGUACUUGAAAUACAUAUUUUUAUAACACAAUUUUUUCAUAAAUUUGAUUUACGUACAACAAUGCUGUAUAUUUGUGAAAAUCAUUUUCAAAGAUUAUCAAAAAAAAGUAUUUUUACUGGUCUUAAAGCAAUCAAUCAUUUUGGAAGACCAGAUAUGACAUCAUUUCUUAAAUUUGUUCAAAAAAAACAUAGCUAUGUCAGUAAAAUUGGAGUAUUUAGCUGUGGACCAAGACCACUUACUAAAAGUGUCAUGUCAGCUUGUGAUCAAGUUAACAAAGGACGCAGAUUACCAUACUUUAUUCAUCAUUUUGAAAAUUUUGGAUAAGUUUUUUCGAUUUUUUUUUUUUUUUUUUC